UGUUCAAUGUGAAAAUCAUAAAGUCGGCAGCUGGGAAGACUAGAAAUGUUGUGUGCUAGAAAACGGAGAGACUUUGUGGAGGAUAUACACAUUAAGUUAACUGUCACCGUUUACUUUUCUAAUGCCGACUAUCGGUAGUUCUUCUUCUUCUUCUUCUUCUUCUUCUUCACACGCUGUCGCCAUCGUCACCAUCUCAUGCGACAGUACCUCCUCUGAUGCCACCAAUACCGACAACAACAACAACAACAACAACAACAACGACAGCAACAACAAUAUUGAAAACAGAACCAGUGUCUCCCGUGCUCCAUCAGUGCUUCCAGAAUCACCUGUAUUACCACUAGCCCCGCGAACAACCCUAUCAUCGCCACCACCGCUGACCCUGCAGCUUUCCAGCAUCACCAUCAACUCCACUACCGCCAACACCAACACCGCUAUCGUAUCUGUUACUAUCUUCUCUAGUAGUACCACCACUAUUACCACAACUACCAACAUCACAGGCAACUACAACGAUAACAACCUCACUUCUACCACCAUCUUUACCGCAACUACCAACACCUUUUCUGUCGCCUUCACUGACAACAGCACCACUUCCAACACCAACACCAACACCAACACUGCCACCGCCUCUAUCAUCUUCACUAUUAAUACAAGCAUCAUGACUUCGGCAAGCAUCUCUGUUCCGGUUAGGUUGAUCGCUGUGAUCACAAUUGCUGUGAUACAAUUUCUGGUCGCAGUGGGGACUGCAUCGGCCCAGGAUCUGUAUGAAGGGGCUACACAGCAGUUACCUUCUGCAUCAGCAUCUUUUGACUCGGUUGACAACAGAACAGAAGAAGAAGCAGCGACCCUGCUGGUUCCAUUACCACAAGAAAACUCCACGUUAGUUACUACCGACCAACCAGAACACACAGACGUCACAAUUUUAGAUGAAUCCAUUUUAACGACACAGCUUCAAGAAAUAUCCUCUGUCUCACAAAGAAGCCAACCAGCUGAUAUUCAUACUCGUGAAAAUAACGAGAAGAAAAGCAUUGACAAAAAUGGUCGGGUUACGGAUAUUACCCAGAAGAGAAUUGUCGUUGACAAAAGCGAUAGUAAGAUCGUUGUACAAGCAGACAGAGAUGUAGCUGUCGCCAAAAAUGACAGUUUUAUAGAGGGACUUGUUAGUGACGAUCAUGGCGGCGGUGGUGGUGGUGAUGGUAUUCUUAUGAAGGAAAGGAUUUCAAAGAGUACAAAGGUAGAAGAACCAAUAAUUUUCAAAAGCGAUCUGGAUAUUUUACAACAGCAAUUAAAGCGACAAAACCAAGAACUCGCUGAUCUUCGGAUGCGUCUUUCUGAAAGUGACAUCGCUUUAAUUGAUAUAGAAACGAAGUUCUACAAAUACUUACAAACGGAAAGGUUGGUGUCAGACGGCACGGAACACGAUAGGAAUAUUUUAAAGCAACGACUCUCUAAUCAAGAUACCAAACUGAAGCAAAUACCGAGCUUGUUCGAUUGUCAAAACAGUUUUCCUAAGAAAACUGACUUCGAUAUUUUUCGAAAUCAAGUGGAAGAUAACUUGAAGUCGAUAUUAAAAGAAUUGGAUUAUCUUCGAGCCUGGCGUCAAGAUUAUUUGAAACAAACAACAGAGUUAGCUGCGACUGAAACUUUUGAAAAUACUUUUCAGUCUGCCUCCGUGCCCAGUGAACAAUCUGAAAGGGACAAAUUCAAAGAGAUUAAGGAUAACAGUUCUAUGGAUUUACAAAAAAAUACGAGCAAAGUUUUCGAGAACUUAAGUUUGGAAAAUAACUCAAUAUCGAAACAUACGUUCGGAGCACAUCUGAAACAUGAUUUCUCAAACAUAACGUCACAAACAGACGACAUUACUGCGUCUACAGGAACUUUUAAUAUCACUGAAGACAAGGAAAUUGAAGAAUUUGUGUACCUCGAAAAGCUAUUACAGGAAAUAAACCAAAAAGUAGAUACUUCACACACACGCCUUGAUAACUUGGAAGAAAACAUGAUGCUAUCUAUGGAGAAUGUUUCACAAAUAUUAAGCUUAUCACAAGAAUUUUUAAACGGAAAUAUUACGUUUCUCCAAUUUCAGAUUAACCAAAUUUUUGCUCGACUUGAAUCAAAACAAAAUCAGUCUGAAAUUAAUAUUUAUUAUGAAGAGCUUAAACCAAAUUUUACUAGACUUAUUAAUGAAGUUUAUGAGGAACUGAAGACAGGAAACACCAUCGAGCGAGGUUACAAUGACACGGCAGAUACCUAUGUUUUACCUUUAAAAAACAGUUCUAAAGUUGUUGAAAACGUAAGCAGACCAUUGGACUAUACCAUUAAUGCAAGCUUGAAUUUUACCAAUAUUUCUCAAAUAAAUGGAGAAGAAGCAUACAGCGAUUUCUCUUCUGAAUUGAUUAGUGUUAAGCAAAAUUUUACUGAACUUUACCGCAAGGUUGAAAAUGUUGGUUCCAACUAUGCUGGUGUUUCUCAACGCCUAGAUCGUUUUUCCCGCCAGUUGUCUUCCAUUAUGACACGGCUUGAACAGGAUACGGAUCACCAGAAUGGAUUAUCUUUGAAUAAAUUAUCACUCAAAAGUAAAAGCGUUUCGAGUCACUUAGAUGUUUUAAACGAAGAUUAUAAGAAAGAUGUAGGAAACUUGGAUUCUAAACAAAGUACUGGAUUGAAAUCAAAUGAAAGUUUCUUCCAAAGUACAGAGUAUUUACAAUCGACAUAUUUUCCCAAUACGUCAACAACUUUCCAAAAUAAAACCGAAGAUAAACUAUUCAAAUGGAUAUCUAAAAAUUUCUUUAGAAAUAUAACUUCUGAUGAGUUUUUAACACUUUCGGAUAUUUCUGAGACAAGUAAGACAGGCGAAAAUGCUUUGUGUUAUAAUUUCUCAGAUAUAAACGAUUCAAAUUCUGAAGUGUCAAUAUUGAAAACCUUUUUGGAACAUUUAGGAUCUAUGUUAAUAGAAGUUAAAAACCAUUUAAAUAUAAUGUGUUCUGAAACGAACCGAACAUCGGAUCGUUCCGGGAAAGAAACGACGAUAAAUUCUUCUAGUGUUGAAAGCGAAACAUUUUACGAGAAUAUUUCAGAAAAUUCAACAACUUCUGAGAACAUUACUUUUCCAGACGACUAUUUUGACACUCGAGGGAACUCUACGUUUUUGUCGUCUAUUAAAAGUACCCAUGGAGGAAUAAAACACAAUAUAAAUAAAAAUCAUUCUGCACUCCAUAAUUCUACUUUGCAUAGCUUUGAAGAAGUAGAAGGAAAAGAAAACAAAACCGUCGUGGAAUUGGAGCAAUAUAUGUUUUCUUUAGAUGAUAUGGAAAAUGAAACUUUACCUGGACAUAAUUUUUCUGGAGUACCUCAUUCAAAACAUUUGGAACGUAUCUACUUUGAAAUUAAAACCCUUAGUUUAAGGAUUGACGUACUUGAAAAUAAACUUCUUUUGUCGAAUAAGGAGCCUUUUACAGACAUGGAAGCAAACGAAACUAUUCCUUUUGCUCAAAGCGAAUACAGAGGGUCAGGAUCUUUAGAUUCAGAGCUUACUGAGGACCAUGAUGUUUUACAAAACUUAAUUUCUAACCUAACUCAAAUUCAGAAACGCUUCGAAUGCUUAAAUUCAAAUGUGCAGCUCCAAGAAAAGCAAUUGUCAAGUGUGAAAAUGAAUAUGUUUAAAUUAAACGAGAGAGUUGAGCAUUUCACUCAGGAAAAUUCAGGACGACAGACCGAAAGCAUUAUGUUGGCUGUUGAAAACACUAAAGAUGAUAUAAGUAAACUUAUUGAAGAUAUGUCCGAAAUAUCACACCAGGUUUCAUCAUUUUCAGAGCUGAAUUUAACUGAUACUCUUAGAAAUGUACAGUGCCAUUUAGAAGAACAUCAAACAGAGAUAAGGAAUCUGAAAGAAGUAAUGGAAUACCAAAAUGAAAAUAAAUCGAUGGUUUUCUGGAAACGGCAACCUGUUGAGGAAAAAAUAUUAUACGUUGGUGUCCAGGAGCAUAAACGACAAAAGGAUUUGAACAAAACAAUUGGUAAGAAUU